AUGGUGACGAAGAAGCUUCCCGGAUGCGUCGUGCUGACGUCAUCCCCUGCAGCAGUCUUGCCCGGCCCGUUCAGCGUCUUGUACGCCUCCACCAAGGCGUUCGUCUCCUCCUUCGGCGCGUCCCUCGCCGGGGAGGUCAAGUCGCGCGGCAUCGACCUCCUGGUCUUCCACCCCUCACCCGUGGCCACCAACUUCUACGCCAACCAGAAGCGCAUCGACGCCCUGGAGUUCUUCAAGCGCUUCGCCUGCCCCGCGGACGCGAUCCCCGACAAGGUGUUCAGCGCGGUCGGCCGGACGGUGUGGCAGGACCUGGGGCCCACGGCGGUGGCGUUCCGGAUGCUGACCAAGCUGCUGGACUUCAACACGCUGGCGUCGCUGGUGGCGGUGACCGCCCACACGACGGGAGACUUCAAGAGGCACAACGU